AUGACACAAGCAGGUUUAGGUCAAACAAUUGCUCCGCUUCAUAUAGUUGGUAAAUCACUGGGGACAACGAACGAAGCCCAGCUGAGUUGGUUUCCAGCUUCGUUUAGCUUGACAGUUGGUACUUUUAUACUAAUCGCUGGAAGGAUUGGUGAUAUAUUCGGCCAUAAGGCAAUGUUCGUCUGUGGCUAUGCUUGGUUUAGUAUCUGGUCUCUUGUGUCAGGAUUCUCUGUUUACGCGAAAUCACCUAUUAUGUUUGAUGUUUGUAGGGCGUUAACCGGGAUUGCUCCAGCUGUGUUGUUACCAAAUGGUUUAGCUAUUCUCGGUAGAGCGUAUCAACCGGGAAGGCGAAAGCAAAUAGUGUUUUGCUGUUUUGGAGCUACGGCACCGAGUGGUUAUCUUUUGGGUGCCGUUUUCUCUUCCAUCUUUGCUCAACUGUCUUGGUGGCCUUGGGCGUACUGGUCAACGAGUAUAAUAUGUUGUGCUUUCUGUUUGGCAAGUUUUAUUAUAAUCCCUAGUUUUAAAGAAGAAAAACGGAAUGAAGAUAAAAAUGAGUGCGCAGGAAAAAAAGAAUUUGAUUACGCCGGAUCGUUUUUUGGUGUUGCUGGAUUGAUACUCAUUAAUUUUGCCUGGAAUCAAGCUCCAGUAGUUGGUUGGCACGUUCCCUACGUUUAUAUACUGUUAAUUAUUGGAUUUCUUUGUUUCUCGAUUUUUUUGUAUAUAGAACAUAAAGUUUCCCAACCGAUUUUACCUCCGGAUAUACUUACUGGAGAAACUGGUUUGGUUCUAUUAUGUGUAGCAGCUGGUUGGUGCUGUUUUAGUAUUUGGAUAUAUUAUUUUUGGAACUUUCUUGAAGUAUUACGAAACCAGAGUCCGUUAUUAACGUCUGGUCAGUGGUCACCCGUUAGUGUCAGCGGUACUCUGGCUGCCGCCAUCACCGGAGUUAUAUUGUCUUGGGUUCGACCAAUUUUUGUCAUGAUCAUUGCCAUGGCUUUUUUUACUGCUGGUAGUAUUUUAAUAGCUACAGCGCCUAUACAUCAGUCAUACUGGGCUCAGACUUUUGUUUCCAUUGCCAUAACUCCAUUCGGUAUGGAUAUGAGUUUUCCGGCUGCUACUUUGACGAUAAGUGACUACGUUUCAAAAGAAAACCAAGGAAUUGCUGCUUCCCUUGUGAGUACAGUUGUGAACUAUUCUAUUUCAAUUGGGCUUGGGAUUGCUGGUACAGUAGAGAAUCGUCUUAAUCAUGAAGGAACCGAUAUUUUGAGAGGCUAUAGAAGUGCAUGGUAUCUGGGCAUUGGUUUUGGUGGCUUAGGGAUCUUGAUAUCCUCUAUAUCAGCUAUUUAUAUAUCUUUCAAAUCUAGAAAAAAGAGAUAA